UCGAACUACGAUUCCAUUCUAUCAACCACACGCGCACGCACAAUGCUCCUCCUUCGUCCGAUCCCCUGCCGCCCGCCGGCGACCCUCUUCUCCUCCGCUGCCCCUCCCCGCUUCCGCAUCCUCCCCUGCAAUCCCUUGAGGAUGAGUACCGGAGGAAUGGGGGUGCUAUGCAUGGCAAAGGAACGGCGGGUGAAGAUGGUGGCCAAGCAAAUCAGGAGGGAGCUCUCUGAUAUGCUGCUCACCGACAAGGUUCUUCAGUACGCCAUCCUCCCUGAAGCUUCCCUCGGCGCCGACCGCUAUCUUUCCUCUGUCACCACCAUUAGCGACGUCGAGGUCUCUGGCGACCUUCAGGUUGUCAAAGUUUAUGUGUCUGUUUUUGGCGAUGAAAGAGGCAAGGAGGUUGCUAUUGCUGGUCUUAAGUCAAAAGUCAAGUAUGUCCGGAGUGAACUAGGGAGACGUAUGAAGCUGCGGUUGACUCCUGAAAUUCGCUUUAUUGAAGAUGAUUCUCUUGAAAGAGGCAGCAGGGUGAUCGCAAUAUUGGAUAGGUUGAAAGAGGAGAAAAAAAAUUCAGAGAACCAAGACAAAGAACAGUUGGAACAAUCCAAUUCAUUAGAAGAUGAUGGGGAUUGGGACAAGGAUGACACGGACGAAGGCAUCAUAUACAUUAAGUGAGCAGAAAAGUCAAUCCUGUUCUCAAGAAGAUAUGCUGAGGCAAAUGGUUGAUCAAUGCCCAAACAUAACAGCUUUCAAUGCCACACAUCGACAGACAAUGUCAAAGCCCUGUGUAUUUCUAACAAAGAUUUUACCAUGCCAUUGUGAGUGUAAGUUAAAUUCCUUGUGAAACAUUACAAUUUACAUGUCAAUGAAGUUGAAUUAAAAAGUUUU